AUGUGGCUUCAAUUAGCGGGACUGGCUCUCCUCAGCGUUCUUGGGACGUCCUUAGUUCCUCCCAGAUUCUUCAAGCCCGACGAUGAAGGAGAGAUUUACGCAGUGAUUGCGGUCGGAUCCCAUCAAAUGAUUAACUAUCGUCAUCAAGCGGAUGGCUGCCACACUUACCAUGUCCUGCGGAAUCAUGGCGUCAAGGAAGAGAACAUUAUUGUAAUGAUGGUGGAUGACAUCGCCUCGAAUCCCGAGUACGUGAUUUAAUUUGAGGAAAGGGGUCUUUGAUAUCAGUAUGUCGGGAAAAUAAUGAGCAAAAUUUCGCAUCGAAAGUCGUAACGCUGCCGAGAAAAUGAAUUGUGAGGCAGCAAAAUCAAACUGCUGUUGAUAUAGAAGGGUACUAGGUGGGGCGAAAAAGUCUUCACACGGUUUUGCAUAGUUCCGUCGGCGUUGCGUAGUGUACGCGUUGAGGCUUUGCGAAGCAAGCAAUCGGCACGGCGUGAAAGAACGACGUCGUGUGGCGUAAGCUUUGAUUGCCCUUUUCAAAAAACAAUCGUUUUGGAUAGUGCGUGGUUGGCCUGCGCGACGGCGAACUGUGCCGACAUUGGCCCGGCUGGCAUAAUACACAAACGGGUUCGUUGUACAGAGGCUCCUCCGUAGUUCAAAAUUCUCUUAUGCUUAUGCGAACAUCAGUGCGACCGACAACUCGGCCUAUUGCAGGAAUCCCUUCCCCGGAAAGGUCUUCAAUCACCGCAACUUGACCACCGACGUCUACGCCGGCUGCAAGAUCGACUACCGCUCGUGGAAUGUGUCCUCACAGAAUUUUAUGAACGUUAUGACCGGAGUAGAAACCCAUAUUGGGCCGGUCUUGAGGUCCACGGAGAAGGACAAAGUUUUCGUCUUCUACGCCGACCACGGCGGCUAUGGGCAUGUUCAAUUCCCCGACAUCGACUUCAACGUCCAAGACCUCAACAACACAUUGGCCAAGAUGACGGAGAAGCGGAUGUACAAAGAACUGGUGCUCUACGUCUCUGCCUGUUAUUCGGGCAGUCUUGUGGAGAAUGUGGUGCCACUGUACGAGAAUGUGUAUGCCGUGACGGCGGCCAACAACAACGAACGCUCGUGGGCGGAGUAUUGCGACAACAAGAGUGGGAUUUGUUUGAGCGAUGAGUUCACAUCGGCCUUUUUGGAGUUCUCCGACGCUAAUGAUCUGCACAACAGUUCGCUGGAAGAACAGUAUCAGGCAGUGAAGAAGCGAGUGUACUGUAGCCACGUGAUGCAGUAUGGAAACAAAAAGAUUGCGGGAGAGGAGAUCGCAGAGUUCCUGGGAGAGGAGAAAGCACCUCUUGUGGAUGCCGGACCGGUGAGUUGCGUUAUCAAUCGCACGGCAUUCUUUACUUUAGAGCAAUAACCGCUCUCCCCAACUUUUUAAAAUUUUCUCGAAAUGCGCUCGUUUUUUCUUCCCAUAUACAUAUGGUUUGGGGCUUAUAAAUCAUUAGGAAUCCAAAAAAUGUUCACAGUAACUUCCGGCUAGAAUUUGCCAGUGGUAUCAGAACCGACUGUGUAUAGCUAGCAGUACUUCCUGCGGUGUAGGAUCAACGUAGAUAGGUAGACGGGACGUUUGGACCACCGCUCUUAGAAUAGACACAGGUUUUGGAAUAAGGUUUAUUGAGACCGCACACAAAGAAAGGAAAUGGGAUAAUGUUCUAAAAAUUGGUGACAAGACGUUGCUUUUAUAUGAGUCGACUUAUGCUAAUUUCUGUGGGAAUUGUGGAGACCUUUGAGGCUCCGCAACACUUCCUAGAGUAUGAACAACGGACGGGCAUAGCUAUAUACUUCCGUUGCUUAUGCCACUGGCACAAUUUAAACCGUUGUCGUCGUGAUACAUUACCUUGACGCACAAUGCGCCUGUUCAAACUUCUUUUUACAGUACCACGGAGAGCAUGAAUGCGAGCGCCAUCCCGACGAUGGCGUUCGCAUUACCGACCCUACACUACACUAUAUGAGAACGAAACUUUUGCGACUGAAAAAAAAUAAUGACGCCGAAAAAGCCGCGAAGAUGCGUGCAGAAAUUGGCGAACUGUUGGAGAGGCGACAACUCGUCGACAAAGACAUUCAGAGCUUUGUAGAGAAAGUCGCGACAACCGACGAGCUAAAGGAAUUGCUGGCCAAGUUCAAGCCCAUCACAGACUUCGAGUGCCAUCAUAAAGUGCUCAGAUACUUUAGCCGCAACUGCUAUUCCCUAGCAAAGGUAUGACCAGAAGUGGGAGUUGAUAAGCAUUACGUAUUUUAGAACCCUUAUCUCGGCAAAUCCAUGUACAAGAUUGUCAAUUUGUGCCACGCCAUGAGCGCGGAAGAGAUUAUCGGACAUUUGAAGAGCCACUUCCAAGAAAAGAGAAAUGUUUCUGUUUUGUAA